AUGGUCAAUGAUCUAGCGAAUGGUGCUCCGGAAGGGUCUAUCGUGAGAUUAUCCAAAAACGGAUGGAUUAACUCUGAACUAUUUCUGGAGUGGAUGCAUCAUUUUGAAGCUCAUAUUCCACCAGUUAGACCGGUACUUUUAAUCAUGGAUUCUCACUCUACCCAUGUCAGCCAAGAUGUUAUAGAUUUCGCUACAAAAAAUGGCAUUCAUCUAUUCACUUUUCCAAGUCACACAAGCCAUCUCCUGCAACCUCUGGACGUUUCUGUUUACAAGUCACUGAAAAAUGCAUGGGCUAAAGUGCUAAAUGAUUAUAAGCUUCAACAUCCAACGAGUGCUCCAACAAGGCUUGACUUUUGUCGCCUAUUAACACCAGCCUACGAGCAUGCAUUUCAGCCGUCAAUAAUUAUGAACGGCUUUCGAAAAACUGGCAUUGCGCCAUUUGAUCGAAAUGCCAUUUCUGAUGAAAGUAUUGCCCCAUCAUUGAUGCAGCCAAGUGACCUACAGUCACAGAAUAUUGAACCUUCCACUGAUAAUGCCCAAGCUUCUGCUGUCAAUCGUGAAACUGCGUCACCUUCAGUUUUCUCUUUACUUUCCGUUCCUGAGGUACCACAGUCUUCUUCUUCUAGUACCCGACGAGCUAAGCGGAAUCCACAGACCCGAUAUUUAACACCUCAAAGCACGAACAACAUGGACAGUCCUGAAGAAAACAUCGUCGCCAUAUCAAACGAAACCACAGUCGCCGUUACCAGUGAGGAGACCGUUACCUCGAUUCGUGUCCCCUCUGCUUCUCCAACUCCUGCACCUUCAACUGAAAGCAACCUGAAGCGUAAACUACCAAGAGUCAAGGUAGAGAAAACACCAAAAUCAAAUAAAAGUACGAUGUGUGACUAUUGCGGUGUUCACUACUCCCAAGAUGUGGCACUUAGGAACGGAGCUGUAUGGGUAGAGUGCAUGAGUUGCGGCCACCAAGAAUGUACUGGCACAGAGUCGCCACAGUUCCUGUGUGAUAAUUGUGAUAAAGUAGACUUUUCAGGCACUGAUUGA